CAAAACAGUUCACAUCAAGGUAAUUGAUGAUGAGGAAUAUGAAAAAAACAAGAAUUUCUUCAUUGAGCUGAUGAGCCCCCGCAUGGUGGAUAUGAGUUUACAGAAAGCCCUGCUGCUCACCCAAGAGGUGGCUGAGAGGAAGCUGACGGUUGAAGAGGAGGAAGCCAAGAGGAUUGCAGAGAUGGGCAAACCAAUACUCGGCGAGCAUCCCAAACUAGAAGUCAUCAUUGAGGAGUCCUAUGAGUUCAAGAGCACUGUGGACAAGCUGAUUAAGAAGACAAACCUGGCUUUGGUUGUAGGGACACAUUCCUGGAGGGACCAGUUCAUGGAGGCCAUUACUGUCAGUGCAGCGGGUGAUGAGGAUGAGGAUGAGUCCGGUGAGGAGCGCCUGCCAUCCUGCUUUGACUACGUGAUGCACUUCCUGACCGUCUUCUGGAAGGUGCUGUUUGCUUGUGUGCCCCCCACCGAGUACUGCAAUGGCUGGGCCUGCUUCGUCGUCUCCAUCCUCAUCAUCGGCAUGCUCACAGCCGUCAUCGGUGACCUCGCCUCCCACUUCGGCUGCACCAUUGGCCUCAAGGACUCAGUGACCGCUGUCGUCUUUGUUGCCUUCGGCACAUCUGUACCAGACACGUUCGCCAGCAAAGCUGCGGCCAUCCAGGAUGUGUACGCCGACGCCUCCAUCAGCAAUGUCACAGGCAGCAACGCCGUCAACGUCUUCCUGGGCAUCGGGCUGGCAUGGUCGGUGGCAGCAAUCUACUGGGCAUCGCAGGGGCAGGAGUUCCAGGUGUCGGCGGGGACCCUGGCCUUCUCCGUCACCCUCUUCACCAUCUUCGCCUUCAUCUGCAUCAGCGUCCUCCUCUACCGCCGGCGGCCCCACCUCGGGGGGGAGCUGGGUGGUCCCCAGGGGUGCAAACUGGCCACGACGUUGCUCUUCGUCAGCCUCUGGCUGCUGUACAUCCUUUUCGCCACCCUGGAGGCCUACUGCUACAUCAAGGGGUUUUAG